ACUGUUGAAAACAGGUGACCGUGAUUCAACGUGAUUCAGAAACUAGAAGCGAUUAAAGCGAAAGGACCAACAUCAUGGACGAAGAAAUAAACGAAUGGGAUGUGAGCGAGGAUUUGACGGAGGAUGAUUUAGAUUUCGACACUUCCAAAAUAUCCAAACCCUCGUCCGCGCCGGGGAGCAAACUUGAACAGAUCGUCUCGGUUCAGACCCAAAGCACGUCCGUUCAAUCGAAUCCCGUUCAAUCAUUCCCAUCCAAAGAAAAUCCAUUAUUCUCCGGAACGUUCACGGACGAACGCGACAAAGAAUCGAAGAAUUCUAUCGAAGAAUCGAAGAACCAGGAUGAGUUCAAAAAGUCCACGUCUCUGGGCCAGCUGGGCAAGGACGCGUCCCAAAAACAUAAUCCAAAAUCGGGGAAGACGUAUCGAAAAUGCCAGCGCAAGUUCAAAGAGAUGAUAAUAAAUCGUGAACUGAAGAACGAGGAACUGGAGAAGCAACAGGGGGAUCUGAAGCAUCGAUUGAACAUCUUGGAAUGCUCCAUGCCGGCCGUGAUGGUGUGGAAUAUCUGGAGGAUGGCUCAAGGGACGUGUGUACCCAAUCUCCAGCGUGUCAUGGAGAAACAGUUCCAAGGCCCAGCUUCUGGGGAGGUGUAUUGUCCGAGGACGCCUAGCAGACAUUUCGAUUGCAGAGUGAGGGAGGUCGAGGCAGAGAGGAAAGAGGCUCAGAGGAGGAUGGACGAGGCUAGGAAUCUUUGGACCGAGAAGGAAGCUCUGUUGGAGGACAAAAUGAGGAGGUUGGGGGAGGUUAAGAUCCUUCAGGAAGAGAUGAAGGAAAAGAUCGAGAAGCUAACUGUCGAGGCCCAGAAAUUGAAAGAGGCUUACAAGGUGGAGGACGAGGAUGAUCGCUCGUGCGAGGCUGGAUCUCACGAUCGAAGAUCGGUCUCUAAGUUUAGAUUUAUUUAUUGGCGUGCAGGCGAGUGCGGGGUAAUUGAGUGCAAAAAGAAGUGGUUAAAGAAACUGCCUAGCAACGCGUCGAUUAAAUCGACCGAUAUCGAGUGUUUAGAAAAGCUUCAGGAAUUGGCCGAGACCGAAUUGUACAUGAAGAGACAAAUCGCCGAAUUGGAAAAUAGGGAGGACGCCUAUAUGAGAACGCUACAACAAGCGGACGAUAUGUGGUGUAAAUUGGACAGCGAUGUCGCAAGCACCAUAAGCAGUUUGCAGGAGCAAUUAGAAAUGAAGACGGCUGCAAAUCAACAGAUGGCGGAUCGCAUCGUCGAGUUGGAAGAUGUAAUAGAGAAGCUCAGAUCAAGACUGUCCACCUGCAGAGGUGAAUUGGAGAAGUACCUCAGCGUGAGCAAGAUAGAGGCUUUGGUGGGCAAAGAGGACGACUUUGCCGAUGUACUUGACAUAGAUGUAGCGGUUAAAGUAGAUAUAAAAGAGAAAUUGAUCGGAGUUGAAGAUUAUGCGGAAAUCGAAGAGAUAGAAGUCCUAGCUAAGAUUGAUGUAGAGGAGAAGGAUAUUUUAGCAGUCCCGGAAAUAGUUGACGACGAGGUGGAAGCGAAGCCAGAGAUAGUUGAUGUCGAUGUGGAAGUGAAGCCAGAGAUAGUUGACGAUGAGGUGGAAGUGAAGCCAGAGAUAGUUGACGAAGAGGUGGAAGUGAUACCAGAGUUAGUCGAUGUUGACGUGGAAAUUAAACCUGAUGUGGUUGAUGAUGAAGUAGAGAUAAAACCUGAUGUAAUAGAGGCUGAGAUGGAGGCUGUACCUGACACGAUCGAUGUUAAAAUAGAUACCGAUGUUGUAAAAGUGGAGGAUGAAGAAAUAGAAAUCAAACCAGAAGAUUUUGUUUAUCAAGAAGAAAUGUUGGAAGAAGCUUCGGAAUAUUUGGCGCAAAUAACAUCUCUCUCUGAAUUGGAUAAAUAUGACGAUGAUUUUGUCUGUCCUGAAGGUUUCAUUUGUAACGAUGUAGUGCUCACUGAAACUGGUUUAACGGAAGAAGAAAUGAUUGCAUUGAAGGAAAAACGUAUCACGCCACAGGAAUUAUUAGAAAAACAUGGGUGGAAAAUAGACAUAGAAGAUCUAAUUGCCAAAAAACCACCGGUGACCGUUAUCGAUGAACCACCUAUUCCUAUAACAGAGGAAAUAAAAAUUGAACCUCCGCCCAUUGAGAAAAUUGAACCUGUUGAAGUAGAAAGAGAGCCAGAUGUUUUGGUGGAAAAGCCUAUAAAAGAAUAUCCUGUCGAGGAAAUUACACCUAUAGAAGAAAAAAUUGAUGUACCUGAACCAUUUGUGGAACCUGUUGAGGAAAUUAGACCUAUAGAAGAAAUUACACCUGUAGAGGAAAUUAGACCAGUAGAAGAAAUUACACCUGUAGAGGAAAUUAGACCGAUAGAAGAGCCUAUUGAACCUAUUGCGGAAGUUAUACCACCGGAAGUUAUCAAAGUGGAAGAAAGACCUAUAGAAGAAAUCAGACCGGUAGAGGAGCCAACACCUAUUGAAGAAAUUAAACCCACUCCAGAAGUUUAUCCCCCUGAACCUCCUAUCAAAGUUGAAAGACCAGAUAUACCAAUUGACAUGGAUAAUAUUAUUAUCCCACGAAUGGAAAUAUUAUCAUGGGAAGAUGAUGUUGAUACGAUCAGAGCAACGAUAGCGGUAUUAAUUAUAUUAUAAUAUUUGUUCGAUUUUAACUGCAAAAUCAUUUAA